CUUGCAAGAAUGUACCGACGCGUUUCGCUGAGAUCUGCCGACCCUUUUUGCGCAUUUUGGGUGAAUCAUGGAGCGAAAGUGCUCGCAGACGUGUCUCGUUUAUGUCAUAAAGAAACAUGCGCUGUAAAGCUGUGUCUUUAACGCACACUUUGCCUUGUCAUGCCAGGGUCACUCGGGGUUGAUUUCUACCUGUUGCAUAACUCAUGCCAAUGAUAUGUGUUUUUGUGACGUACUGCUUGCGUCGCUCAAGUUCCCGGGUGAGCUCCGUUCAGCGUUCACACACAGACGAGCAACAGCCGCGGCAACACCUGAAAGAAGAGCGAGAGGUUUUUCUCUCGUUUGAAAGCACAAUGGCGCUCCUCCUGUGCCUCGGCCUGUGGCUGCUGGCCUCGGUCCAGUCCAGCGCCGUCAAGAACUGCCACCGCGGCUGCCACUGCGAGGUGGAAAACUUUGGCCUCUUCGACAGCUUCAGCCUGACCAGGGUGGACUGCCGAGGGUUGGGACCCGACGCCUCCAUGCCCAUCCCCAUCCCGCUGGACACCGCCCACCUCGACCUGUCCUCCAACGCCAUGGGCCCGCUCAGCGACGCCAUGCUCGCCGGCCCGGGCUACACCACUCUCGUCGGCUUGGACCUGAGCGACAACCUGAUCACCGAGGUGACACCCAAUGCUUUGUCUAAGCUGCGUUACCUAGAGACUCUCGAUCUGAGCCACAACCGCCUGGAGAGCCUCUCCCCGAGCUGCUUCUCGGGCCUGCCUCUGGUGGAAAUCGACCUCAGCCACAACCGCUUCCAAGAGUUCGACAUGGACGUGUUCGCGGCGAAAGUCAACGGCGAACCCGUCAGCGUGGAUCUGUCUCACAACCAGCUGGUGUCGGUCUCCGCGAUCCUGCACGUACGCCUUUUACACAUCCAGAGCUUGAAUCUGUCGUCGAACCGGCUGUCGCGCGUACCGAGGCUGGCGGGACUCUCGCUGCGGUACCUCAAUCUCGACGGCAACCCCAUCGCCGGGAUUAAGGAGGGAGCGUUUGCUCAGCUGAAGGAUCUGGUCUAUUUGUCCGUCGGCGGCAUCCGGGAGCUCCAGGAGAUCGCGCCGUCCAGCUUCAAGGGCCUCCAGAGCCUGCAAGUUCUUGAUCUCUCAAAUAACCCGGAGCUUAAGACUCUGAGCCCGGCGGUCUUCACCGGACUGGACUCCCUGCAGGAGCUGAUUUUGUCUGGCUCCGGCGUGGCGUCUUUGCCCAGUAACAUGCUGACCCAUCUGCCCAGCGUGAAGAGUAUUACACUGGGACAAAGCAUCCAGUGCUGGAGGACCCAGAAACAGGGACAGUUCCACCGACAACUGGGCCAGGCCCGACACGACGAGGUGCUGAACUGUAACGUGGAGGGCAUCGUGUUGUGAAACGGCGGCUUUAUUUUUGGAAAUGGACCGCUCCAUCAGAACAUACUCCAUCAGAAGUGCUUGUCGGAUUGGUUAGAUAGUUUCUGGAAACCCCAACAAUGCACAAACACACGUUUGAUUUCCAGCGUGGUCGCACAAGCAAGUUCUUAAAAGAGCAUACGAGAUUCCAGAGAUGUGCCUUAUCCGCUUUUGAUAUGCAAAAUCCUCUUUUUGUUGUAUUUUUGUGUUACUUUCACUCACUGACCUCUCUGCCAAGGUGUGCCUUUUUGGAGUGUAUCGGCAAAUAAUACAGCAUUCCACACGCAGCACGGAUCCAUGUCGUUCUUGUCUCCUCAGGCUGCUAGAGAACCGAUCGGCAAUCCAAAACGAUGACGUCGGCGCGUCGUGCACGUCGUUUAAAGCGGGACCGCAUUGAGAGAUUUUUGCACUUCUUCCAGUCGCGAUGUUCCGUUUCUUCGACACGCGACCCAAACGUCACCCGGCGCGAUACAAAAACCUCCUGUGCUUUGCUCAUAAAUAUAUCCACGCGGACGUUGACCACUAUGAUUUAUGAUUUGACUUGAAUGUGACGCCUUAUUGAAACGAUCAAAGGGACAGGGAGACAUUUUGGGAGGAGGAGGAGGAGGAGGAGGAGGCGGCUCUAUUUCUCGCUGAGAGUUAAAACGAGAGGAGUUUCGUUUGUUCGAUGUGACGCUACAACCUGUUGGCACGGAGACCGGAGACGGGGGUCUCGUGGCCCCUGCAGAGACCUCCUGGAUGCCCCCCCCCCCGCUGUACUUAUCUACUGGCUGUAGCUUUAUACUUACACACAGACAUGAGAGCGGUAUCAAUCUUCUUAUUUAACUCUCACCCAAGGAAACUAAUGUGCGUAUUCUAUAUUAUUGUAUUGCACACGUGUAUAGAAAUAAAUAUAUCCCGAAAAUGUUGAUCCAUCCGAUCCAAGAACCAGAGAUCUAACUCACAGUUACGUCUGCAAAGGUUUUUAUUCUCGUUACACUCUCAAAAGGACCGUUUCCUUUCCUCGAAUGUUGUUCUCUCUGACCGGCCCUCUUGUCCACAGUUAACCUUCAUACUCCGUUAAGCGUCCUCAAAACCCCCUCCGACGCGGUGCUCGCUGAUCCGUGUCCUGUUCGUCUUUUGUACAUUGCCCGACGGGAGUAAACACGCCGGGGCCACGUUGACCGGGGGUUUGUUUUGACCCGCUGUCGAAUCGACUUUGAACAGGACGGCGUUCUCGUAUCUGGGAGCUCGGCGAUGCCAGCGUCCGUUGGCGUGUCAACACCGAGCGGCACUGUGCUGCCGUGUGCAGCGCCACCGGUCCCGCAUUCCUGUGGUGUCGCUGUGGACCGGCCUCCGGACGGCGUGUUCGGGUUUUUGUGAACGUCGGCAAUCUGUGAAGGCCUUUAGUGUUUUCUGGUCGUGCGGUUUUAAAGAAAAUCCACCUAUUCAGCUGGUCAAUUGCCCAGUCUUUAUAUUUAUAUGUAUGUAACUAUAUAGUGUGUGUGUAUAUAUAUGUGUGUAUACAUGUGUGUGUAUAUAUAUACGUGUAUACAUGUGUGUGUGUAUAUAUAUAUAUACGUGUAUACAUAUAUAAAUCAUGUGUAAUAAAUGGACUCUCGUGGUUUGAAUGAC